AUGAUGAUGAUGAACAGUCUCAACAAAAAACGCCAUAUGGAAUCCGAGAUGGACCCCAUGGAAAAUGCAAAUGUAACGGAACGCCUUGACAAGCAAUCUGGAAAACUCUCCAAUGCAUUUGAUGGUAUGAAGACGCAAAUUUCUGGAGAAGGAGAGUGUAAACGGAAGAAUGGAAUGUGCUGCAAGAAUGAUUGUCCGUGUGGAGACAAGAAUCAGUGUGAGGAAGGAUUCUGUUGCAGUCAGAACAAUGAAGAGGAUGAGGAUUUGAAGAAGAGAAGAGAGUCGGAUGUGAGAAGCAAGGAGAUUUAA